CUGCUGCGCCGCGGCGCCUCGGUCAACGGCCGCAACCACUACGGCUGGAGCGCGCUCAUGCAGGCGGCCCGAUGUGGCCAUACAAAUGUGGCACACCUCCUUUUGGACCACGGAGCAGAUGUCAACGCGCAGAACCGGCUGGGGGCCAGUGUGCUCACAGUGGCCGCUCGCGGGGGCCACCUGGGUGUGGUGAAGCUGUUGCUUGAGGCUGGUGCCAUUGUGGACCACCACAGUCCCUCAGGCGAGCAGCCAGGGAUGGGUGGCAGCAGGGACGAGCUGCUGGACAUCACAGCCCUGAUGGCCGCCACCCAGCAUGGGCAUGAGGCUGUGGCCCGUCUGCUCAUGGAAUGGGGCGCGGACCCCAAUCACACAGCCCGGACUGUGGGCUGGAGCCCACUGAUGUUGGCAGCCCUCAGCGGGAGGCUCGGCAUGGCCCAACAGCUGGUUGAGAAGGGGGCGAACCCUGACCACCUGAGCGUCCUGGAGAAGACUGCCUUCGAGAUCGCCCUUGACUGCAAGCACAGGGACCUUGCAGACUUCCUUGACCCUGUGACCACCGUCAGGCCCAAAACAGAUGAGGAGAAACGGCGCCCUGACAUUUUCCACGCACUGAAGAUGGGAAACUUCCAGCUGGUCAAGGAGAUCGCUGAUGAAGACCCCAACCAUGUGAACCUGGUCAACGGGGAUGGGGCCACGCCACUGAUGCUGGCAGCUGUCACGGGACAGCUGCUCCUGGUACAGCUGCUAGUGGAGAGGCAUGCUGACAUCGACAAGCAGGACAGUGUGCAUGGCUGGACAGCCCUCAUGCAGGCCACCUACCAUGGAAACAAGGAAAUCGUGAAAUACCUGCUGAACCAAGGGGCUGAUGUUACUCUUCGUGCCAAAAAUGGGUACACGGCCUUUGACCUGGUGAUGCUGCUGAAUGACCCGGACACGGAACUUGUUCGACUGCUGGCAUCUGUCUGCAUGCAGGUGACUAAGGACAAAGGCCGGCCCACCCAGCCACCGCUCCUGCCCCACUCGAAGGUCAGACAGCCCUGGAGCAUCCCUGUGCUGCCCGAUGACAAGGGCGGGCUGAAGUCCUGGUGGAACCGAAUGUCCAAUAGGUUCCGUAAGCUCAAACUGAUGCAGACACUGCCCCGCGGGCUCUCCAGCAACCAGCCUCUGCCCUUCUCUGAUGAGCCUGAGCCAGCACUGGACUCCACAAUGAGGGCUGCCUCCCAGGACAGGACUGGCCGCCCAUGGCCCCCCGAUGCAGCCUCUGUGGCCAAAGAUAGUGGUCCUGGGAACCCAAGAGGAGAGAAGGAAGAUGCGUUAUUGACAACCAUGUUGCGGAACGGAGCUCCCUUCCCCAGACUCCCAAGCGACAAGCUGAAGGCGGUCAUCCCCCCUUUCCUGCCCCCAUCCAGCUUUGAGCUGUGGAGCUCUGACCGGUCCCGAACGUGUCACAACGGGAAGGCUGACCCCCCGAAGACGAUGCCCCAGCGCGGCAGCAGGACCCACCCUGUGGGCAGUGGGGGCACAGACGCUGGCAUGGCCAGGCCUGUCAAGUUUCCCAGCCUGUCCAGAAACCCCGCCUCCCCCACCAGUUCCGGAAACUUCAACCACUCUCCACACUCCUCUGGUGGUUCCAGUGGAGCAGGUGGCGUGAGCAGGCACAGCGGAGACCUGCAUAACCGCUCAGAAAUGGCCACGUACAACUUCCUGAAACUGGACACCAGCCAGCGGCCUUCAUCUGGAACUUCUACCACCUCCAAGAGCACCUCGCCCACCCUCACACCCUCCCCCUCCCCCAAAGGCCACGCGGCCGAGUCCUCUGUGUCCUCCUCCUCCUCCCACAGGCAGUCCAAGAGCAGCGGGGGCUCCAGCAGCGGCACCAUUACCGAUGAGGAUGAACUGACUGGAAUCCUUAAGAAAUUAUCACUUGAGAAGUACCAGCCCAUCUUUGAGGAGCAAGAGGUGGACAUGGAAGCGUUCCUUACACUCACCGAUGGCGACCUGCAGGAGCUGGGCAUUAAGACCGACGGGUCCCGACAACAGAUCCUGGCAGCCAUCUCCGAGCUGAACGCAGGCAAGGGGCGUGAGAGACAAAUCCUACAGGAAACCAUCCACAACUUCCAUUCUUCCUUUGAGAGCAGCGCCAGCAACACCAGGGCCCCAGGCAACAGGCCCUCCAUGGCCGGAUGGGUGAGACCAGAAGAAGCAGCUUCCAGCAAGAGGUAACAGCUGCUGACGUGGUCCUGCCGGCAUUGGAGCGCUGAAGAUACAAGGGCCAGCCAGUGACUUCCUGCCCUUUGGUGUGUCUGACCUGGGAACUCUCAGCAAAGAAAUCAUGGGAGCUGAUUCGGUAGAGUGGGCAGUUUGCUUCUGUCUUGGAGCUACCCAAAAAUGUACAGACCAGGCCCCGGGCUGGUGGCUGCAGACAUCUACCCUGAGCUGGGCUUCCAAGUAAGCCCCACUGCCAGGGCCUGGGACUUUCCUGAAAAGAUGGAUUCUGCAUCCCAGAUUAAGGAGAUGUCGACAUCAGGGCAUACAUGGAAAACUUUGCUGUGGCCAUCCCUGUCUGUUUCAAGCAAGUUAAUGUCAUCUUGCAAACCAGGGCAUCCUGUUGAACAUAUGAGACUGGAUGUUCCUCCACCUAAUAAAGUUAGAGCCACAUUCUGCAGGAAUGGCUGGGGGUAGGUGGGCAGGGAGUGGAUCUCCUUUCAGGGGAGCUGGGUGUAGAGCCUUCUUUCAUUAAGGAUUUUGUGCUCAUGGCCCAGAUGUUUCCUGAAGGCUUGCUGGGCUCCCCAAUGGCCUUGCAACUCUAUUUCUCCUAAGAACAGACUUAGAGCUGGUCUCAGUUUCAGCUCAGCAGAGAAGCCAGACCCAAAGAGAUGAUGGUUCACCAAAGCUUAGGGAUGACAGACAGGAAAUGUAGCCAUGGUACAGGAGAGUUCCCUCUGUGGGCCAGCUGUCAUGAAGAUCCCCUCCCAGCAGAGUGAACGGAAAGAGGUGAUGGAAGAUCUCUCUCCGGGGCUUCCAUGGCUACCCUCGGGAGGCUGCUGGUAGCUGAGAAGACCACCGCUAUCCACUGGUCAGAGACCAGGAUGUCAUUUUGCUUUAGCCCUGUGGAGCUGGUUUCCACUGCAUUUCAGCAAACAUUUGUUAUUAUAUUAUUGGUUGUUUUCAUGCAGGGACUUGAUGCUUCUAGUUUCAUUUGCCAAACUGCUUCUAUUAAACAGUGGUGAGUUCUA